CGCCUCCACGCCCUCACAGACCACAGCACACGCAAUCGUGAGCUGCGUGUAUAUCUGUGAGUGUGAGGAUUGAGUGCGUUGUGAAGCAUUAGGAGAGCCAAGUUAACCUUUAUUGUCUUGUGUCUCUGGUCCGACGGCAUGGCGAGGUGGUGUCCCCCAAGGCGCCUGCUGGGACUGACGGUGUUUGUGGCGCUGGUGGCUUGGUGCUCGGGGAGCUACAUCAUCACUACGCCGAGGAAAUGGUCUGAAGGAAGUGCGGCCCAAGUGUGUUUGUUCAACGUGGGAGGAGGCGUAGAGGAGGUGGGAGCGUCCCCUGAAGGAGUGGAGGUCAAGGUGAAAGGGACGCAAGGAAGUGAUGUUCUGGUUCCUCCUCAGUUCGUCUCCAUACCUCCCGGCAAGACGGAGGUGUGUCAGUCCAUCCCAGUACCAGAUGUGGACUACAAGAGCGGCAAACUCUUCCUCAGCGGCACACUCGGAGGCAAAAGAGUGGAGCGCAAUGAAACCAUCAACUUCGCGGCGGCCUCUGAAACCUUCGUACAGACUGACAAGUUUCUCUAUAGUCCGGGACAGAAAGUGCAGUUUAGAAUACUCACCAUACAGGGGCCUUAUCUUAGGGUCUACACAGGCGUGUAUCCAGAGAUGUGGAUCGAGUCCCCCUCUGGCAGUCGCAUUGCCCAGUGGGUCAAUGUGCAGAGCCCAGGGGGUCUGAUCCACCAGGAAUUCCAGCUGAUUAACGAGCCAGAGGAGGGGACGUAUAAGAUUCACGUGGAGUCACCAGUGGGAGGAAACAAGGCUGUGCAAACAUUCAAGAUAGAAGAUUUUGUUCUGCCACGUUUUGAAGUCACUCUGGAAUCCCCACCUUACAUCCUGGCCACUGACAAGAGCCUCCAGUACCGAGUUUGUGCCAAGUACACGUAUGGCCAGCCACUGAAGGGAGAAGUGACCUUUAAGAUUGAGGCCACUGAGUACCAUAACAGGCAGUCUGUCCUACUGCAGAAGCCGAUAUCUGGGUGUCAUGAUUUCACCAUCAACACAACCACACUGGUAUUCAACACAUCAUCAACCAUCAAUGUGGUGGCUAAGGUGGUGGAGGAAGGCACGGGGCAAGCGGCAGAGGCUACUGGGCAGUUGGAUGUGCAACGACAGGCUCUGAAGUUUAAGCACAAAGGAAAUGAGGAGUAUGUGAAACCAAAUCUUCCCUAUACUGGCCAGUUCAAAGUCACACUGCCGUCGGGUGCACCUGCUGCUUAUGAGCUGAUGGAGAUCUGCCAAAGAAGCACCUGCAGGAACAUCACCAGUGAUGCCAAGGGGAUAGUGAAGUACAUCUAUCCUAAGUAUGAGGACUUCUCUAUAAAGAUCUCCUCACCAAAAUACAAGCAAAUUGAGAACCCUUCAAGACGGUGGAGCCCUAUUAUGUUUGCGUCAAUCAGCACCCAUAGUGUGAGGACCUACUACUCCCCCUCCAACUCGUCCCUAGUCAUCAAGACCCCCGAGGUGCAAAUGAGGUGCCGUGCUGGGGAGAAGCAGAACUUCUCUGUCUCGGUCAUGUAUGCUGGAACUAGGAACUCCAAGGCUAACUUUACUAUACAGCUUGUCUCUAGAGGUCAGAUCCAGUAUACCCACACUGAGGAACACAUCCUUGCUGACACUGCCCCUCCCUUGACUCCUCCCCUGCUCCUUAUGCCCCUGCCCCCCACUGCUGAGGGCAUAGCAAGGGGGGUGGUCAGCCUCCCCCUCACUAUUCAUCUAACAGCCUCUCCAACAGCCAAGGUGCUGGUCUGGUACACACGGCAAGAUGGAGAGGUGGUGUCAGCAAUGCAAGAGAUCCAGAUCAGGAAGUGCCUGACCAACAUUGUGAGUCUUACCUGGUCCAGCAAGAAGGCUGAGCCAGGCGAAGAGGUGUACCUUGACCUCAAUGCCCCCCCCAAUUCCCUCUGCAGUCUGGGUGUGGUGGACAAGAGUGUGGAGCUUCUGCAGUCCAAUGAGGAUUCCUUGACACUGGAGGGUGUGUUCAAGGUGGCCGAGAGAGCAAUGGUCGGCAAUGAGGAGAACUCACAGAUCAAUGAUGGUGAAUACUGCCGAGAAAAAAUGAAGAAUGAAGGAACAGACACCACUGAACCUGGGCCACCAGGACAGCCUAUACCGUUUGCUGCUGAGGAGCCUGCUGGAGUGGUGAAGAGGUCCAUCUGGAACCCCUAUGGGAACUACUACACUAAGGGUGUGGAUGCCAUUAAAAUGUUUGAGAAAUCUGGACUGUUUGUGUUCACAGAUCUGAAGGUGGAGACAAGACCAUGCCAAUUUCGUGAGAGGAUCUACUACCACAGAGGCCCAAUGCAACCUGUAGCAGCACCCAUGGGUUUGCCAUUCCCAGUUAUGUUUCGUACGACUCAUCGUGAUUCUGAUACACUUUGGAGAAGUUCCUUUGAUAGUCUACUAGACGUGAUGCCAGAAAGAGCAGAGUCAUCACCCACUCGCUCCUACUUCCCUGAGACUUGGCUGUGGAAGUUGCUCCCCUUGUUGACAGCCGGGAACAGCAGUCAGCCACUCACUUUGCCACACACCAUCACUGAGUGGGUGGGGAAGGCAGUCUGUGUCCACCCAGAGAAGGGCGUAGGGUUGUCUAAGAAAGCCUCCAUCACAACCUUCACUCCCUUCUUCAUCGACCUCACCUUGCCUCCCUCUGUGCAGCGUGGCGAGAUUCUUCCUGUCAAGAUAUCCGUGUUUAAUUAUCUGGAGGGUGCACUGCCGGUCAAAGUAGUGUUGGCUGAAAGCCCGGAAUAUGAAAUCUUGGAGGAUCCUCUGGCCAGCUCUGUCAAGGGUACCGCGUCCUCCUGUAUCCCCUCACAAGAGAAGGUUGUACAUACUGUCAAGAUCCGUCCCAAUGCUCUAGGGGAUGUGAAUUUGACUGUGGAGGCGUUUGUGGAUGAGGCAUUCCCUGAGGUGUGUGGGUCCGAGUAUGUCAUUAGUAAGAGGGACCACAUCAUUAAGCCCAUCCGUGUUGAGCUUGAAGGAUUCCCACAGGAGAAGACCUGGACCAAGUAUAUGUGUACCAGUGAUGUUGCCAAUGAGGAGCAACAAGUGUCCUGGAGGCUGGAGGCACCCUCAAACAUUGUCCCUGACUCAGCAAGAGGAUGGAUUACUGCUGUGGGAGACCUGCUGGGGCCAACACUUGAUAACCUGGGCUCACUGGUGCGGAUGCCAUACGGGUGUGGGGAGCAGAACAUGAUCAACUUUGCACCCAACAUCUUUGUCCUGCAGUACUUGGAGGCAGCUGAGAGGACCACCCCAGACAUUGCAACAAAGGCCAUUGAGUUCAUGAAGAGUGGCUACCAGAGGGAGCUGCGUUACCGCCACCAGGAUGGGUCUUUCAGUGCCUUUGGCCCCAGUGAUCCCUCAGGCUCCACCUGGCUGACAGCGUUUGUACUUAAGUCCUUUGCCCAGGCCCAGCAGUUCAUCCCGAUUGACUCUGGCGACAUUGACAUGAGUAGGGACUGGCUGAAGAGAGACCAGAUGGAGAAUGGUUGCUUCCUGUCUAAGGGCAAAGUCUUCCACAAGUCCAUGAAGGGUGGAAUUGCGGGCAACGACUCACCAGUGCCCCUGACGGCCUACAUCCUCACUGCACUACUGGAGGCUGGGGAGCUUACUGUUAGCAGGCCAAUCAGUGAAGCCGCCUUCUGUCUGAUCUCCGAUAAGAGUGAGGAUACCUACACCCUGGCACUCAAGGCCUAUGCUCUCGCCCUGGCAGAAGCACCUGAAGCAGCCGGGCUUGUGCUCCAGCUGAGGGCCAAGGCAAAGGUGUCCACAGAGGGCAUGUACUGGGAAAUUCCAUCAGUUAAUGGGAAGAGUGCAGCCGCAGGAGUGGAGACAGCAGCCUAUGCUCUCCUAGCCAUGGCCACAGUGAGCCCAACAGUAUACCUAGCUGACAUGCAGAAGGUGGUUAAGUGGAUCUCCAGCAAGAGGAACGGACAGGGUGGAUUUGUCUCAACUCAGGACACAGUGGUUGCCCUACAAGCCCUGGCCAAGUGUGAGAUGGUGCUUGGCCAGAAACCUGUGGAUGUGGCAGUUAUUGCAUCCUCUACCGACCUGGACCACUCCUUCCGCAUCACGGACACCAACAAACUCCUCCUGCAGCGUGUGGACCUGUCCUCCUUUCCCACAACUAUCACGGCUGACCUGGCCGGAGACGGGUGUGCGCUGGUGCAGGCCGUCCUUCGCUACAACAUCCCCGAGGAAGACCCCAGCACAGCCUUCAGCCUCACGACCACCACAGAGACAGCCCGGGACGGACAAAUGCCAUCACCAAACGAAUCAAAGCCCUGUGCCUCUUACACUAAACCGGACCUCAAAUCCAACAUGGCAGUCAUCGAGAUCAAUCUGGUGUCCGGUUACAUCCCCGACAAGAAUGAUCUGAAGCAGGUGGUGGGCUAUGGAACAGGUCUCAUCAAGCGGUAUGAGGUGGACGGCAGGAAGGUGACAUUCUACAUUGAUGAGUUCUCCCCCGAGGAGCUAUGUGUGGCCUUCAAGGUGACUCGCGAGGUGGAUGUGGAGAACCCCAAGCCAGGCACUGUGAAGGUGUAUGACUACUACGACCCAGACGAGUUUGCUAGCAUGAGCUACACCUUCCCACCCAAUGAGGAGUGUGAGUCGGGUUCUGAUGUGGCUGCCGGGGUCGAGGACUUGGUGGUCAACCCUGCAGACAUUGCAUACGACUAUGAUUAUGGUUCUUUUUAAACACUGGGGCCCUCAGAGAAUAGCUAGGGGGGACGUAGUGGUGUGAGGAACUUGCUGAUGUCUUUGGGCUGCUGUCACAGUAGAUCAACCUUCAACAACUUAGUCAUCUGUGCCUUGCUCAGUCUCACCCUUACAAGCAUGUACUCUUUCACUGCUUAAUUAUCUCUUAAGUCUUCAUCUCUUUUAAUGGAUCUUCCUUUCUAUAUAUGGUACUCUUUGUCUCUCCUACUAACACACCCGCAAUGCCUCUGUCUCAUCGCAUUACAAGUGUGUCAGCUUUCCCUAAAGUUUUCCUCUCUUUCUAUUCCAGCUUUCUACUCUUAAUUUUCAUUUUUUCCUCUCCCUCUUUUUCCCCUAUUCCUUCACUUUACUCUCAUAUUCUCCUUUUUGUAGCCCUCCUCCACAUCCUCCUUUUCUUUCACUGCAUUUACUAAUCUUCUCUUAAUUCUUCCUCUUUUUCCUCCUCCAUCUGUCUUUCUUUGCUCUCUCCUCCUCUAAUCUACUUUCAUGUCCUCUUUUGUAGCACUUCUCCUGUUCCACCUCCUACUGUUCAUCUUGACUCAUUCAGCUCCUGUGGCUUUGAAAAACAGUCCUGAUGAGAGAACAAAACAGAACAGACACAAACUACCCGAUAAGUGUGCAAAGUAACUUUCCUCAUGUACUAUACAAACUGAACCAACAAAUUAAGAGCCACAUUCUGAAACCUGCAUCUUCACUACUUCCAAAAAGACUCUAAUUGAAGUGGUAUGGAUUUUUAAGGGUGUUUUUAUGGUUCUAGUGUGGAGAUUUCUACAUUAUUAACUGGAGAAACACUCUUGAGAACUAAGCUAAUCAUCUCUGUGGCCUUUCAAAGAGGUUGUGGUGUGAGAACAAAGCAUUUCUGAAUAUGGGCCUGUAGAAGAGGGCAUUGGACAAACCCACAACAAAAACACACACAAUACAUGCCCAUACUCCAGUCACGCUGAUGUUAGUUAAGGAUUAAGUUUAUUUUACCAUUCUCAGUUCUUGUGAUACAUACAGAACCAUUGCCAUUGUAAGCACUUCUUGUUGUUAUCUACGUACUGUGUGACAUUAAAACAGAUUUCUGGACGUUCA